GUUACCCGGUGGCCGACGAAAAUACGUUCGUUUUUGCACAAGUGUUUCCACUCCCGGUUAUCAGUAUCGCUUUAUCUACUCAACCACCCAACAAUUUCGCUUAUUGCCGAUACACAUGGUACACGACAACGUAGAGAACAAAAUAUCGACAAUAUUUUGUGUUAAUGUCUUUACCGCGUACAGGUAUUUUCUCUCACAAAUCCUCUGUUUUAAUUUGAAUAAACGCUACAAUUUACUUCUAAUUUUUCUAUAUUACUCGUUAAUUUGCUAGUCCGAUUAUAUAGACCCAAUAAGUAUAUAAUUAGUUACAUAUUGAAAAAAUAUAGUAAGAAUUGAUUUUGGUAUUAUUAUAAACAUGCACAUAGGUUAAGUUAAAUGGUGGUCAAACGUGUUAACGGUCAUGGGGAUAAGGAUAAUUUUUUAACAAUUAUUAUUAUUUAUUUUACAUUAAUUUUUUUCAUAAAAAUGUAAUGUCAAAAGGCAAUCAUAAUAUUAUAUAAAGAUGGUGUUGACUAUAGAACGAAAGGAUAUAAUACGGCAAAGGAGUCUGUGGGAAUGACGGUAUUUAUAUUGUUAUGGACAUAAUUGAUAUGUGUCUAUAUGGUAAUCAAACUGAUCUGUAUGUUCGUAAAAUGAGUGUAGAUACAGAGUGGACCUAAUAUCGGCCAUACAUAAUACGUCAACCGGACGUCGGACGUGUCUCCAGUGUACCGGAGCGAUCUUCAGUUUUUUUGCGAUGGCAUCGAAUAAGGACGCACUGGCUUUGUUUAGGCCUCGCGUUAAUGUUGAAGAAAAAUGAAACAUAAACAGUGAAAAGGAAGCGUAACAAGUUUUGUAAACAUGAGUUAUUGAAAAGGUGAACUUAAAGUCAUGUCAACUUAUUGAAAGAAUUAAAAUUUGAAUCUGAAGUUUUUAAAAACUAUCUCAGAAUGGACGAGAAAAGAUACCUAAUAUUACUUGCAAUGGUUACUCCUAUGAUAAAAAAAAAAAGAUACUGUUAUGAGAAAUAGUAUUUCUGAGUACGAAAGAUUAUCAGUUACUUUGAGAUUCCUCACUACUGACAGAAGUUAUGAGGACCAUAAAUUUUCAUCAGUUAUUUCACCUCAAGCCCUUGGGAAAAUUAUUCCUGAAACAUUUAAGGCCUUGUAUCAAGUUCUUAGAAGAGAUUAUCUGAAGGUGAGUAACUAAAACACUGUUAUUUAUUAUAAUAUUUAUUAAGAGUAGUAUUUAUAUAUAUAUAUUAAGAAAAUUAAUCAAAACUUUAAUUAAACAACAAAAAUGUAACUGUCGCAUACAAAUUAUACAUUAUCAGUAUUUAAAUUACUAAUGAAUGUCGCUGCAGAAUCUGGAAUUGAUGGAACUGCCUCUGUUUCAUCAGGCUGAAUUCCCCGAAUUGUAGGUGUUUGCAUUUGUGUAUAGUAGGUAUUGGCUGGGUAACUGUUGUUUAGAUGGCUAGUUUGUAAUAAUUGGGAAAUAUGCUGUGAAUGUUGACUGGAGGGAAAAGGAAGGCCUAAGAUUAAAAGGGUGGCCUAGGACUUCCUGAAGAAACAAAACUUACAGGGGUAUAUGAUCUAUUGAAAGUACUAGGAAACGAUUCAUAAUGAACCUGUUGUUGAUAUUGUUGAGCAGGAACAUAGCUUCGUUGAUUUUGUCUCAAAAUAUCUCUCAUGUUAUUGUAGACAUGAUCGGGAGUGAGGUGUCCUAUUUCUGCUUCAAACAGUAAAUCAUUAAUAAGCUUUUCUAUGACUAAUAUUUUGUUGGAAUCUAAAGCCCACAGUUUCAUCGUCACAUUUUUGCCAAAAACAUCACAGCGGUCUUCUGUUUAGUCACAUUUAAAAUGAUCUCGUACCGAUUCUAAUAAUUCAUGGUAUGGUUUCAUUUUUCCUUUUUACUUCAUCCGGUUUUGGUGGACGUGAUGAAUAAUUAUUUUACUAUCUUGAUUGGGCUUCAUUAUUGUCAGUUGUUUCACUGUUAACUGUUUCACCAUUAGAUGAAUAUUGUUGAUUGAAAGCCGAAGAUUCUUGAGUGUUGUCUCCCUAAAAAAUUUACAUGUUAAUUUCUUUUAUAAGCUAGUUUUUUAUGAUAGGUCAAAUAUACGAUAAUGCUGUUUUUUAUAUUUCAGUUUCCUACAAUCGGAGAAGAAUGGAAUGAAAUAGCAAAGAUGUAUGAAGAACGAUGAAACUUCCUUCAUUGUCUUGGUACAAUAGAAGGGAAGCACAUAGCGAUUGUUCCACCGGGAAACUAAAAUUCUGAAUUACAAAUUAUUUCACGCCAGACGUGUUAUAGAAAAUGCUUUUGGGAUAAUGACAUCACAAUUUCAGAUACUUCAUACUCAUAUAAAUUUAGAACCCGAAAAUAUCGAUAAAGUAGUUUAAGCACUCCUGCGCAUUGCAUAACUUUUUUUAUUGAACACUCAAAACAGUCUUAUGCAUCUCACAAAUGUUUCGUAUUAUUUCUAUAAUUUCUGAAGGAUAUAAUACACAGAAUAUAAUAACACCGCAAAGAUUGUCCGAGAAAAUUUUAUGAAUUAUUUCAAUUAGGAGGAAACAGUAGCAAGAUAAUUAAAUUAGUUAAACUAUGCUAAAAUGAGUGAAGUAACUAAUUCUAAAUAGUUAUAAGCUUUUGUGUAAUGUUAAUAAUAAUGUGUUUUAUUCAAUCUAAUAAA